CGGAAGCGCCGGGGGAUCCGGGGGAUCCGGGCGUCGGGCCGCCGGGCCGCGAAGCUUGUAGCUCCCGCGCCGCCGCCAUGAUCAUCCCCGUUCGCUGCUUCACGUGUGGCAAGAUCGUCGGCAACAAGUGGGAGGCCUACCUGGGCCUGCUGCAGGCCGAGUACACCGAGGGGGAUGCCCUGGACGCGCUGGGCCUGAAGCGCUACUGCUGCCGCCGCAUGCUGCUUGCCCACGUGGACCUGAUCGAGAAGCUGCUCAACUACGCUCCCCUGGAGAAGUGACCCCGCGAUGCCGCAGGUGGCGUCUCACCCACGGCUUGUUCCCCUGGGGUGUGGGGCGCUAGAAGCCACGCCCGCCCACAGCUCUGUUGGCGUGGGUCUUCCUCUCUGGAAAGAACUGUCUAGUAAAUGUUUCUGAGGACUGCCAGGAA